AUGACCAUCGCGGUCGUGACGACAUCGACAACCAAAACAAAGCGCCGUGAACCGCUGCUCACUCUCGGCAUGGCGGCUACGCAAGCGCAUUCGCGCUCUGGUGGAUCGUCAGGUGGAACGAGUAAAAGCGGACUCGAGCGAAGAGGAACGCAGCUGAGCGCGAACAAGCAGGGGCUCGAAAAGCUCUCACACCACGAGACAAAACGAAAAGCGGAUUAUGACGACGACGCGGACGGGUUUGAGUUCUCAAUUUUGCCUUCAAAGAAGACCAAACCAAUGACGGCGCAGCCGGCUUCACAUUUUGCGCGAUUAGAAGCGGAUAAUUCCACCUUCCAGCCUUCACCGCGAAGAGGGCGACCACCGAAGAAACGACCAGGAGAAGGCACAGGGGAAAAUGCAGGGUCUGCAAAGGGGCAGGUCACGAAUGAGCGACCCUCAAAACGACCGACGAGAGCAUCUUUGAGAUCAUCAGAUUUAGGUUCGGAAUUGCGCUCAGAAGCUACAACGCAUACACAUCGAAAUCGCGACCGCGUGGAAGAACCCCCAUCCGAAACGAAGAAGAAGAGGGGGAGGCCUCCUAAAGCGAAGCCACAGGAAACAAAUGGGUAUCAUUCUCCUGCGCAACCACCGGUCGGAGUCAAGGUAUCUCUGCCAACAGCGGAUACACCCGUUAUUCAAAGGAACAAAGAGUUCAGGGGAGCGAAAUCAAAAGGAGGGCGCCGGAGCAGUCUGCAGAUGCGGGGACGCAGAGCAAGUGAUUUGAUAGAUUCAGGAACCUCCAAUGCUUUGCCUCAUCGAGAAGUCAGUACGGCAGAUUUCUAUAAGCAUAUUGCAGACGAAGGUCUCCCAGAACCCAGGCGCAUGCGACAGUUGCUGAUCUGGUGCGCAACGCGCGCUCUGCCCCACAAACCAUCAGGAUCUCACUCUGAUGACAUUAGUGCCCGCCUAGCAGCGCGUGCAAUACAAGAGGAGAUCUUGAAGGAAUUCUCGUCCAAUUCCGAUCUUUCCAACUGGUUCAGCCGGGAGGAGGUAGGCCCCGCGAAAGUGGUGGUGAAGAAGCCGAACCCGAGGAACGUGCAAAAUACAGAGAAGAUCAAGGAGCUGGAAGGGCAAAUACAAAAGCUCCAAAGAGAGAGGCAGGCCUUGAAUGCGCUGCUCAAGCAGCCAGCACUCCCUCGGAUCGAUCUCGAUUCUCCCAUCAAAUCCCCAAGGAAGCCACCCGGAUCGAAGCAACAACCCACUACCGACAUCGACAUCAACAUCUCCCUUCUCGACCCAACGCAGCGAUCGCUUUACACCACCCUCUACACACCACCGACCUCCAGCUCCUCCAAUUCCUCACGACCUAAUACAACCGACCGCACAACACCCCAGCCUCCAAUGGCACCUGCAGUCGUUUCAGCUCGUCUCUCCAAAAUCACCACCCGUAUUGCGCCGACGCUGGAUACGCUGGCCGCAGGGAUCCAUGAUAUUGAACUAUAUCGCUCAACCGCAGACGCUGUGUCGUCUCGAGUGCUGCGUAUCUGCGCCCAGCGUCUGGAAGAGCGGGACGCUCGAAAUACUCAGCAGCGGCUUGCUAUCGAGGGAGAAGAAAGUGAGCAAGGCUCGGUGGACAUAUCAAGCGGCGGGGCUCGCGGGGACCUGGGCCUUAUACUCGGUGCUCUCAGUCGGUUAGAAAGGCGAUAG